AUGGGCGCAGAACCGGACACGCAGCGCGAAUCGACGCUGGACGAAUCGGUCCAAGUGGCCGAUGCGUACGACGACGACGAGGAGUCGCAGUACGCAUCGGUCAGCAAGCAGACGAUCGAAGCCAGUGCGCGCUACAACGACCGUGCGAACAACUCUUCACGUCCCCCGCCGACUACGGUCAGCCAUGCGCCCUUCCUUCUCCAUCCCCUCCGUCUAACCCGCUCGCCUCUCUCUCGCUCUCUCGCCUCGCGCCUUCUUGCAUUCGCGCCUUCCGUUCGCCGUCCCCCUCACCCCCAUCUUCCUCACCCCGUAACUUUCCUCUUCUCACCCUCCCCCCCUCCCCUCCAUCCCUUCCCUCCCUCGUCCUCCCUCAAUCCCCCCUUGUCCCCUUUCCCUUUUUCAACGUCCCCCACCCGUCCCGCGGCCGCAGACCCGGCGCGCGAGACGCACUACGUGCUGGUGGUGCACGGCACGUUCGACUCGCCGCCCGCCGCGGGGAAUCCGCCGCCGUGGUACUUCCUGGACGCGAAGCGCGCCGACAACUUCUGCCACCUCAUCGCCAAGGACCUCAAGGGCACGCCGCUCGGCUUCGACGCCGUCUGGCGCCAACUGCCCGGUGCGCGGGGGGGAGAAGGGGGCGGGGGGGAAUUGCACGGAGGUGGGGGUUUGGGGAAGCUGGCGGGCGAGGUGCGGGGAGAGGGGCGCUGCAAGGUUAGCGAUAGGGGCUCUGACGACCCGUUGACCCUCUUAUUCACCUCCCGCAUUCUCCCAUCCGUUUCCCCGCCCUACACUCUCUCCCCCUCACUCCCCCGCUCUCCCCCCUCCCCGUUCCCCACGCGCGCAGACUCGCACGCGGGCAUGCGGCUGCGCGAGGACGUGCCGUACCCUUUCCACUGGUCGGGGCACAACACGCACGAGGCGCGCGUCGGUGGUGAGCGCGCCUGGGGGGGAAGAUGGGUGAGCGCGCCUGGGGGGGGAAGAUGGCGGGCAAAGGCGUUGGCGCAGCUGAUCCACGCGGUGGGGCGCGCGGACCCGUCGGCGCGCGUGCACGUGGUGGCGCACAGCCACGGGGGCAACGUGGCGCUCAAGGCCGUGUCCAAGUACCUCUCCAUGCUGCGCCGCGACUCCCGCGACCCUGCGCGCGCCUCCCACGACCAGAUCACCGCCGCCUUCUGGGAGGCGCACGCUGAAGGGCCGCCCGCCUCCUCCACUCGCUCCCCACCUCCCUCCACUCUCUGCUCCUCUUUCCCUCUUCUCACCCUCUUCGUCACUCCCUUUGUCUCUCCCACAUAUCUCCUCCACCCACCGGCCAUAACCCCGCAACCCUGUACCCCUUCCCUUGUCCGUCCCCCACUCCCUCCCCCCAGGGUGCGGCAGGCCAAGUACCUGCGGAAGAAGUGGGCGGGGAGCAGCAGCACCAACUGCUUAGGCCGAAUGGUGUUCCUGGGGACGCCCUUCUACACCAAGCACUGGGACCCGCAGGCCGCGCGCACCAUGGCGGGCACCAUCCUCGCCCUCUCCGUGCUGGUGUUUGUGGUCAUCGUGGGCGCCGUGGUGUCCGUCAAGUACGCCAUCUUCCACGAGGUCAACACCGCUGACCUCACCGGCGGCGAGCUCACAUUCUGGGUAACAGUGGCACUGGUGUCAGUGGCGGUGGUGGUGUACAACACGUUGAGCAGCAAGCGGUACAGCGACGGCAACGUGUAUUUCACGGAGAAGAAGGCGUGGAGCCCAGCCAUGAGCGCGCUCGUGCUCAACGCAGGGAAGCUCGACGAGGCCGCCCUCGCACUCUCCACGGAGCCCCUCGGUGCGCGCAUACCUCAUGCCGCAGGUCAAGGUGCGCAUACCUCAUGCCGCAGGUCAAGGUGCGCAUACCUCAUGCCGCAGACCAUGCUGACGCCCGACCCAUGGCGCAUGCUGCGCCCCUUCCCCGCCAAGACAUGGCUGGUGUCGCUGGCCAACCUGUACAACAACUGCUGGGUGGCGCUGUGGACGGUGGUGCUGGCGGUGCCGUACAUGAUCCUGUGGCUGCUCAACUUCCUCCUCGUGCCCUACUUCUGCAACCAGCUGCUGCGCCUCUUCAUCACCCUCGGCUUCGGCCUGCAGAAGGUGUACGUGGAGGAGUGGCUGCGGCUGCCCCCAGCGACGCACAGCAUAGCGCAUUGGAACGUGCAGAAGAUCCUCACCGCCGCCACGCUCGACCAGCUCAAAGACCUCCGCAAGCGAUGUCAGUCUCCCACCAACACAAACACCCCCCCCCUCCUCUUCCUCGCGGCCCCCACACUCGCGCCUUUGCCCUUCCCCCGCCCCUCCUACCACCCUCUGCUCUGCCACACCUUCCCCUGCGCUCACACCUUCCCCUGCGCUCACACCUUCCCCUGCGCUCACACCUCCAGCCGCUCACUUGACACUCCAUCCGUCUCCAUGCCCUGCCUUGCUGCCCCUCCCACUGCACUCUGCAUGCACCCUCACCCCUUUCUUCCCCUCCUUUCUCCCCUUCUCCCCCCCUUCUCCUCUCCCCUCCGCUGUGUGUGGCAUGGAGCAGCGGUGAUACCAGGGGAGGCAGCGGCAACGGAGGAGGCGUUGAUGGAGGCGCACACGCAGCUCGUGGACCCCCAACGCCAUCGCGCAGCGCUGGCGCUUCCUCUGGGUAACUGCUGCCGCCCUGCAUCCAUGUGCCUUCAUUCAUGCCUUCUUUUCAAGUGUGCCCCAGAAUGGGGGUGUGCAUGUCACCUCAUGCUCACUGCACUCAACCCCACCAUUCUCACUGCUCCCGCCUCUUUCGUUAUAGUGGCAUUCGAGCGGGAGUUGAAGGUGGUGUGUGUGACAUUGGAGGAGCGGUACAAGGACAUGACAGGCAACGUGGCUUCUCACGGUAGCUACUUCCGCAACCACGUCGUCAUCGCCGUCAUCGCGCACUUCCUGCCCACGGAGAG